AUGACUCAGAUUUAUGCUCUGCGAGCAGCGUUUAACGAUGAUAGAGUUUGGACACUUCAUUUCUGUCACUGUGGGAUUGGCUCGCGCGCCGCUAAUGAUGGCGAUUGUGACUUCGAGAAACCCUUCACUUCCUGCGGAUACACUCAAGGACGAGACGACGACCUCGACUGGGAACAGGUCGACACCGGUGAGAGGCCUUCGCUGGACCCGUGGAUGCCACCCGGCUCGGCGUUCAUGAUGGUGAACUCCUCGGGUCGGUUCGCGGGUCAGAAGGCUUUACUCUUCACUCCGCAGCUGAAAGAGAACGACACACACUGCGUGAUAUUCCAGUUCUACGUUGAGGGUCGAGAAGGCGGCAGACCUGGACAUCUGAACAUCUACAUCAAGGAGAACAACAGCCCGAUGGGUCUACCGGUGUGGAACACGUCUGGACCCGCCACACACUCCUGGAGCCAGGUGGAGCUCGCCAUCAGCACUUACUGGCCCAACUACUACCAGAUCGUCUUUGAAGUGGUGACCUCCGGGCAGAGAGGCUUUCUCGCCAUCAAGGACGUCGUUCUCCAGGGCCAUCAGUGCAUGAACACGCCGCACUUCCUCCAUAUCAAAGGGGUUGAAGUGAACGCUGGACAAACAGCAACCUUUCACUGCACCGUCAACGGAGAGUGGAGAGACAACUUUAACCUCUGGCUGCAGGGUAUCGGUGGACGUGAAGCUCCAAUGAAAGCGACCAAGCCGUGGAAUAACCAGCGUUUCAUCGGCAUGUUCGACGUGAUGAACACGACGAAAACGGAUUCCGGCCGCUACCGAUGCAUCGUCCACUCGAACACCGGCGUGGGAGUGUCCAACUACGGGGAGCUCACCAUCAAACAGCCGCCGGUCCCCAUCGCUCCUCCUCAGCUGAUGGCGGUCGGGGCCACGUAUCUGUGGAUCCAGCUCAACGCGAACUCCAUCAACGGAGACGGGCCGAUCGUGAGCCGCGAGGUGGAGUACCGCACCGUCUCCGGCUCCAUGUACGACCUGCAGCCCGUCGACAAAACCUCACACAAGAUCGGCCACCUGGACCCCGACACGGAGUACGAGAUCAGCGUGUUGCUGACGCGGCCCCUGGACGGAGGGACCGGAGCCCCGGGGCCCCCGCUGAGAGCACGCACCAAAUGUGCAGAGCCGAUGCACGGGCCCCGUCAGCUGAAGGUGGUGGACAUCAAGUCUCGGCAGGUGACGGUUCGCUGGGAGCCGUUCGGCUACAACGUGACGCGCUGCCACAACUACAGUCUGACGGUGCAGUACCGGGCCCGCACCCGAGCCGGAGCCGGGGCGAAGGAGGAGAGCAGGGAGGUGUCGUCCAGCUCCACGCCUCAACACACCAUACACAACCUCACGCCCUUCACCAACCUCAGCGUUAGGAUGGUCCUGCGCAACCGAGAGGGGGUCAAGGAGAGUCCCGAGAUACACGUGCAGACCGACGAGGACGCAUGCUCUAAUGAAGCAUCAGGUGCCACGCCGCUCGAAAUAAACCCGCGGACCGCCGCUUCUCUGAGUAAAUUAGCGGCAGGUAAUGGUUUCACCUUGUCAGAGCUGUGGGGAGUUUCUCUGAGAUCCGCUAGCGUUAGCGGCUUCAGGCGCUCAGAUCACACCAGCAGAUCGCCAUGGUAA